AUGUCCUCUGUUUUGCAGCAGCAGGAUAAUGCAGCAUGCAAGGAUCUCUGUGCACUUGCAGAUAAGCAUAACAUUGGCCUUGCCAGUUUGUUGCCCCAUCCGACUUCCUUGUCAAAAGGGAGCGAUCAGAAGCCUUCCCGAGAGCGAGGCCGUGUCAAGCCCGUCAGAGCCACUGUUGACCUGUGUGCUGUUUCUUUUCCAGAGGGCUUGUUCAUAAAUGCCGAUGGCACUCGGGCCGCCAUUCACCGGGACUUCUCACUGAUGCACCGAGGUGUUGUGCUCCACCCACAGAUUUGGCUCAUCCUGUAA